GCGUCUGAAACUGAGCGUUAAUAGAAUCCCUAUUAUAUGGACUACAAAUUCGUAAGAUACACCAUUGAAGUCAAGUUCUUCUGUGUAGACUUCUGUAGGGAAUGGCAGAUAAACUGCUAUUCGAUGCGAGGAAGGAGUUGGUGGAGAGAGUAUCGAGCCAUGUGCUCUUGCAGCUGCUGGAUGACCUUUUGCAGGACAGGGUUCUGAACGACGGAGAAAAGGACGCUGUGAUCGAGGAGAACAAAAGCACAGCAGAUAAGGCGCGAUGCCUCUUGGAUAAAGUGCGAAAGCGAGGCCCAAAGGCCUGUGGGAAAUUCAUCUCCCGGCUGCAGGAACGAGACCCUGACCUGUGUGAGCUCCUGAAUCUGGGCGCGGUCUCGCCACCUGCACCGCCAGCCCCAUCUCAGCAGGAGGCUAGCGCAGUGCUCAUCCCCUGCACCCCACAGUUCAAGAAGGCCCUGCUGGAGAAGGAGGGGGCUGAGCUUUACCCCAUGAAGGAGAAGGGUCAGCGCAAGCGCAUGGCUCUGCUCAUCAACAAUGUCAAGUUUGACCACCUGUCUGAGAGGCGCGGGGCCGAAAAAGAUGUAGAAAACAUGGAGGAACAACUGAAAGCACUGGACUACACUGUGGAGACACACAGGGAUCUGUCUGCCCAGGACAUCGAUGAAGCUGUCAAAAGGUUCUCUCAGCAUCAGGCCCAUUUGGAGUCGGACAGCACGUUUGUGGUGAUCAUGUCCCAUGGAAAGAGGGAUGCCAUCUGCGGGAUCCACUAUAACCCUAAACACCCCCAGGAAAAUAACCUCUUCCUCAUUGACAAUAUCUUCACACACCUCAACACAGAGAACUGUGCUGGGCUGCGCAACAAACCCAAAGUCAUUGUGAUCCAGGCGUGCAGAGGGGGUGAAAUCGGGACAGUCUGGGUGAGUGACAGUGCUUCUGCGCCCAAAUCUCUGGAGGAUGACGGCAUGUGGAGGGAACUCAAGGAGAGAGAUUUUGCCUGUCUCAUGGCCUGCACCCCUGACACCAUGGCCUACAGAGAUCCUGUCAAAGGAGCCAUUUUAAUCCAGAAGCUUGUGGAGACCAUCAAUACACACGCCCACAAGGACCAUAUUGAGGAACUGUUCCGGAAGGUUAGGUAUCAGUUUGACGGUUCCAAACGUCAGAUGCCAGUCACAGACAGAACGUCUUUGGUCAAGAAGUUCUACUUAUUCCCUGGACUGUGA